AUGGACGCAAGAGCCGAAGACUUUCGGGGGAACAAAGGUCUUCUCGUAAUCACAAGCCCAGAGGUUGCAGCCGGUCAUGUCAGUCUCGUUGAGGAUUUUGACACCCAAUCGGCGAGUACUCAACCUUCACCUGAUUCUGCCGACCCACUCCCCUUCCAUGUUGAGACGAUACCGGGUAAAGGUUUAGGAGCUGUCGCAAACAUCCGCAUCCGCGCGGGGGAUGUCAUCUUGAGGGAACACCCUGUCGUUGUGCAAUUGGCGCAAGUAUCUGAGCCGAUUAGCUGGAUGCAGGCUCUGUGGGUGUUAGAGGAGGGCUUCAUUCGGCUGCCGAGAGAGGAUCAGCAAAGAGUGUUUGAACUUUCUAGGAGCACCGGGGGCCAUGUUCUGGAAGAUAUCAUCCGAACAAACACAUUUGGCGCAAAUUUCAAUAACGUUGCCCACCUUGGACUGUUUCCAAAGGUCGCGAGAAUCAAUCAUGCUUGUAAGCCCAAUGCAAUAACCCGCUUCUCGCCCCGGACAUUGGAACUAGAAAUCGUGGCGUACAAAGACAUCUUGCCGGGCGAGGAACUAAGCAUCAGUUACUCGAUGCUAAACAUGCUGUACCAAGACCGGCAAAAGGCUCUUCAAGAGUGGGGUUUCAACUGCACCUGCGUGCUCUGUAGUUCCUCUCCCGAAGUGCUGGCCAUCUCAGAUGCUUACCGCAGACGGCUGUCGGAGAUCUUCUCGGAGCUCGAGGACCCAGUCAUCGCAGGCUCACCGUCUUUGGUGGCGGAGCUGAUCGACGAGCUUGAAGAUAUCCUGGUGAAAGAAGAGUUGACGGCGCAGGCGGGCGAGUUCUAUGGCAUAGUUGCUGGGGUGUACCGUAACAUGGGGGAGAUGGAGUUAAGUAAGAAGUAUGCAAAGUUGGCGGUGGAGAAGCUGGUGGUCUUUGCGGGGUACGACGACGAGAGGACGGUAAGGGCAAGGGAAGUUCUUCUGGAAUUUGGGGGAACGCAACUCGGCACGGGGUAA